AUGUUCGACAAAUAUCGCGAGAUUCGCAUCUGUGAUUUCGGCAUCUCAGCCUGGGAAAAAACUGAGGUAAAACUGGCGGGAACAGUCAGCUUCAUUGCGCCAAAUUCGUCAACUCACCUCGCCGAUCAUCGAGAUGACAUGUACAGUGUGGGGAUGAUUCUGUGGCAACUCGUCUUCAGAAUACAUCCAUAUCUUGACUACAAUGCUGAAAUUCCGGCAAUUGAUAACGAUGAUGUGUUGGAAAGAGUGGGGAAUGGGGAAAGAUUGCCGCUUGAUGAGACACAUUCAUCCAUUCAGGAAGUGAUCUCGGGUUGUUGGGCUCAUGAGAAGGAUGAGCGUUUGAGUCCUGAAGAACUAUACGAAAAGAUGGUUGAGUGGCGAAAGAAGAUUCAAAGAUCGAUGAAAAAGCUCAAAUCUCCGCGUCUCUUCAAAGAGCCCCACACCUUUGCCCGACCGCAUGGAACGUUUUUAUGCACUCACAUAAAGCUUGGUGCUGAUUAUCAAAAAGUAAAAGAUCUCGGGUUCUGCGUUCCGAAAUUUGCAAAUCUCAUUCACAAUCCAAGGAACAAUAAUGAUUUGCGUCUUAAAAAAUCGAUGAUUGUUGUGUACAACAAAGCGACAAAAGAGGCACAAGUUGUGGCAAAAGAGAUGAAAAAAGCCGAGAAGGAAGCAAAGGAAAAGAUCAAUAAUGCAAAAAUCCUCUUUGGACAACUAUUAUGGGAUUAUAUUAUCAAGUCGAUCGAUAACUUGAUUGGAGUGGUUGACAGGAAGAAAUCAGCUGAACAACAA